AUGGGGUCUGUUCCUACUAACUUGUCCAACGAGAUUCUCGUAUAUCAGCAUCCCUCAAAGAUCCUGCAGGAUCCUACCAGUCACAGAGAUCUUGCAGGCCACAGAGACCCUGCGGACCGCACAGACCCUGCGUACCGUAGAAAUCCUGCAGGCCUCAGAUACCCUGCGGGCCACACAGAUCCUGCGGACCGCACAAAGUCCCUAAAGUUCAUGGCGCGUCGUGCCGACGAGACAGCCCACGUGGAAGUCGGUGGAGGCGCAUGGUGCCCACGCACCAUGGUGUUCGACGAAGGCCUCGACCACUUGGAGGUAAACCUGGAGACUAACCACGUGGUGACCAAGGUGGAGGUACAGGGGCGGUUUGGUAACGGCCAGGGUCGGGAGUACGCUGAGAAGUACAAGUUACAGUACUGGAGAGCUUCUCUUGGACACUGGGUUACGUACCGGGAUGGACAUGGCAACGAGUUCCUGGAGGGCAACACGAACACUUACCUGGCGAAGGCUUCGGUUUUGUCGCCGCCAAUCGUAGCGUCGCGGCUACGCUUCGUGCCGUACAGCGACCACCCGCGCACCGUGUGCAUGCGGGUAGAGCUAUACGGCUGCCCGUACACGGGUGCACNCCCACGUGUCCCUCCCUCUACCCUCAUACUCACGUGCCCCUCCCCCUCCCCUCCUACCCUCAUACCCUUCCCCCUACCCUCAUACCCUCAUGCCCCUCUCCCCUCACCAGGGUACGAGUGGGUAGGCUGGCGUAACCUAACGCGAGGGCAACAGCCUGUCGAGAUCACCUUCGAGUUCGACGAGCUGCGUAACUUUUCUGCCGUGCACCUCCACGCGAACAACUUCUUCUCGCGCGACGUGCAGAUUUUCUCGCAGGCUAAGCUUUACUUCAGCGUCGGCGGGAAGUAUUACUCGAAGAGCGUGACGUACGAGGCUGAGCCUGAUCAUGUCUUCGAGAAAUCGAGGAACGUUACAAUUUUGCUUAAACAAAUUCCCGCCAAGAAGGUUAAACUCAUGCUUUACUUCGCCCAUAUGUGGAUCAUGUUGUCAGAAGUGACUUUUGACUCGGUUCCUUGCGACUGCGACUUACCCGUUGAGGACGGGCCGGUCCCCCUGGACGUGGACAUGCGGGUCUUCAGCCCCGCCGUGGUCCCAGCGGACGACGGGUCAUCAGGCGUGCUGAUUGGCUGCCUCGCCACCUUGGGGGUGAUCUUCUGCCUGGUGCUAAUUGUUUUGGCCGUACUCUUCUACAAGAAGAAAAUAUCAAACAAAGAUAAAAGCACUCCGCCUUUUGUCAAAAAUGCCAAAAGAAAAGUCGCUCUCAACAUGAAUGAUUUGCAUUUCAAUAUGACCGGUAGAACCGGAAGCGUUCCUCGGUCGAUGUGCCGGUUUUAUGGCGACACAAACCAGGAUGACGAGUCCUCAGCAAUGUACCAGGAGCCCUACAAAGGCCCUGUAAACAACCCUGGGUAUUACACACUCGCCCAAGGCAGUUCUUUGUCCGACAAGGCUCUACAACCAAUGCUCGGCGCUCGAGACUCAUCCGACUACGCUAUCCCAACGAUGUCCACAUCGCAUCCUCCCUCUCUGAUGGAUAUUUACAAAAUCCCUCCUCCUGUACCAGUAACAAUGCCCCCGGGAUCCCUGAUGGACAUGAGCAGCGAUCCCGAGCUGAAGGAAGCCAAGAAGGAUCUGUCCGGCCGCUUCGGUGUCGACAUCAGGGGUAUGGUAGGAUCUUCUUUGUUUGCUAUGCCAGAGUCGGUCACCCUCAGGAGUGAACUGCCCGUGCUAGAAAUAAAGAGAAAUGAUUUCAAAUUAUUGGAUUUACUCGGUGAGAGUACUCAUGGCGUCGUGCAUUUGUGUGCUCUAGACCAGACUGCACCGCAGGAUGGAGUGGACAUAGAGAAGAACAAAUGCUUGCAUAUCAUCAAAACUCUAAAACUUAUCGUAUCCGAGCUUAACAAGGAAGAGUUCCGCAAUGAAAUCCGCAUACUCAGCAAUAUCAGUGAUCCUAACAUUGCGGGUUUGGUUGGAAUCGUGCCUUGUGAUCCACUAAGUGCCAUUUUUGAAUACUCUGAAUACGGUGAUCUAUAUCAGUUUCUGCGUUUCCAUGAUUAUAAUAAUGAGGUUGUGAGCCAUAACACCUUAAAUUCUUGUCUAGUGGAGAAUCGGCCAAAUCUCUCCUACGGGGCCUUACUGUACAUAUCUUCACAGAUCGCAUCCGGAAUGAAGUAUUUGGAAUCCCAUAAUUUAGUGCAUAGAGAUCUUUCCGCCAGAAACUGCCUUGUAGGUAAGAAGUUGAGGGUUAAAGUGUCAGACUUUGCAGUGACUCGUGCGCUGUAUGCCAGCGACUACUGGAACAUCGAGGGCAGGUUACUGCUACCCAUACGAUGGAUGCCUCCUGAGUCUAUUCUGCACGCGCGCUUUAGCACCAAGAGUGACGUUUGGAGUUUCGGCGUAACACUUUGGGAGAUUUUAACGUACGCUGCAGAGCGACCAUUAGAUGAUCUCAGUGAUUCUGCAGUCGUGGAACACAUUUGCAGGUCAUGCCAGACCCAAGACCCGAUUCCUCUCCUCCCUCAGCCAGAACUGACGUGUAAGGAGGUGUACCAGAUGAUGACUUCGUGCUGGAGGUCAACUGAGAGGCAAAGGCCGCCGUUCUGGGAAAUUCUCAUGUUUUUACAACGAAAAAAUCUUGGUUAUGUCCUUGAUUACCGGGAAUAAGUUUGCGUUAUUCACCGCCCCGAUAGUUGCUUCUUGUAACUUACUGUGGAAUACUAUACACGUAAACGUAAUGUGAAUAUUUUUAUGAAUAGAACCGCGAUUAGACGAUUUGCGCGGACCAACGAUUAUUAAAUGUGGUGCCUGAGCUAACGAUCUUCAAUGUUUAAGGCACCUUAAUGUAUAUUCGGGUCUCUGGAAAUGUUCACUAUAUUUUAUACCGUCAAAUAUGGAAAGCGAGGAACAAUAGCAACAUAGAUGAAUGCUUCCGCCAUAAAUUUGAGUAUUAUAUUUUCAUAAACUGAAUUUGCCUAUCCUGUGCUUAUAUAUUUUCAAGUGUGAUGUUUAUUCUUGGCAUUUUUUGCGAAGGUUACUUUUCCUUUGGUGAUUCUAGCUUUAUUUCCAAAGAAAUAACAAUUUCUGGGUAAUUUAUGUGAUCUCUUUAUUUCAAGCCUAACUUUACGAAUCUAUUUAUUUUCUACUUUACUCUAUGACCUAAUUAUUAGACUUAUCUUCUUUAAAUUUGAGGCUUUGAAAAUUUGUGAUCAAAUUAAUUUACAAUGAUUUGUUUCAAAUAUCUUAUAUUGAAAUAAAGCUUUUUAAUAACAGAGACUGCAAGAAUUUUAGGAGCCGUCUUUAAUAUGAUAUAAUGCUCGAUGAAGCACGUCUUCCAUCAUGCAAAAUGAAAGUUUCAACGCGGCCAAAAAAUACAAUUAUAUAUGCAAGAUUUCAAAUACGCUGCAAAUCGUAUAUUAGAUUAUGUGGUUUCCAAAGCAACGAACCAUCAUGCAAAAUAAAAGUUUCAUCGCUGCCAAAAAAUAAGAUUUAAAGUCAAAUGUGGCGUUUUUGACUUUGAUCGCAGACUUAUAAAUUUAUUGCGUUCGAUUUCAAGAAAGAAAUAUUGACCAACGUAUACGCACCAUCUACAUAAAACCAUUUCUAUGUUAACUUAUAUUUUGGUCUAUCAUCAUAUGCUGAUUGAAGAUAAUGAUCUCAGAUAAAAAUUUAUGAUCACCGCUGCCUAACUAUAUACUGUAUUAGUUAAUGUUUUUCACACGUUUAUCUUUCAGCACCGAAAAAUGAAGAUAAAUGCAAGUUAACAGAAAAAAUGUUGAAUGAAAUUGAAAUUUGGAAGUAAAUUUUUAUAGUUUUUUUUAUCGCAAGAGCAAUGAUAGGAUACAUUUAUAGCUUCUCCCUUGUGAUGAGAUAUUUUCGAUCACUAAGUUUCUUAUUGAUAUUUUUAAUUGUAUAUACACGGAAUAUCAUUAUUGUCAAUUACCAUGCAGACAAUAGUUGCGUAGGGGUUUUUAUAGUUACCAGGCUUGGAAGUUGUAUUAUUAAUUGCGUAUAUAAUAUGUAUAUAUGCUUAUUACAUUUAUUUAAAUA